GACACGAUCGGAGGAGACUCGUCCGAAUUGCUCAAGCUAGGUAUAAAACAAGAAGUUACAACGUCUCUGGGCAUUCAGUAAAGGACACCAUGGCUUCGCAAGUCUCCGAUGGAGCCUCCAGCUGGAGCUCACCUGGAGAUGAACCCACGCGUAGUGGUUUGGUGAACAGAAUACUGCCAGAGAUGGAGCUGUCCAGUGGCGGUGAGACGAGCCUAACGAGACCACCUGCACCGAUUCCAGAAAACCUAGACGUAACAGCAAGAGCACUCUAUAGAUUUGCUGUGGAUGGCAACGCUGUCAUUACUGGAGGCGCCGGUACACUCGCUCUCGAAUGCGCAAAAGCACUCUUGGAUCAUGGCUUACAGGGUUUGGCCUUAUGGGACAUAAACUUUGACCACUCACAGGCUACGAUAGAAGGUUUAAAGAAGGGUUAUCCAAAUGCGAAGAUUGCGACGAUCAAGGUAGACGUAAGGGUCAGUAGCACCAUUGAUGUAGCCCUAGAGGAUACCGUCCGCAUUUUCGGUGCCGUAAACAUACUGUGCUGCUUUGCCGGCGUAGUUGGUUGCACGCCUACGGUGGAUGUCAAGGCGGAGGAAUGGAAGAGAAUCAUGGACAUCAACUGCAACGGAGUCUUCUUGUGCGCUCAAGCUGUGGCUCGUGGUAUGAUCUCGCAACGAAGUGGCGGAUCUAUCGUUCUAAUUGCAUCCCUUUCCGGCCAUAUCGUCAACUUCCCUCAGCCACAGGCUGCUUAUAAUACAUCCAAGGCUGCAGUGCAGCAUCUCACGCGCUGUCUGGCUGCUGAGUGGGCAGUGCACGGCAUCCGAGUCAAUUCAAUCUCUCCUGGGUAUAUGGACACGAUCUUGAACGAAGGGGUUGGAUUAGCUAAGGCUAGAACGAUGUGGAACGCGAGGAACCCAAUGGGGCGUAUGGGGGUACCACAAGAGUUGACUGGUCCGCUUGUAUUGCUGUGUAGCCGUGCAGGAAGUUACAUGAAUGGUGCCGAUAUUAAGGUGGACGGUGGCGCAAGUGUCUUUUGAGCUGUAGUUCUCACGUUGUCGAAUCCUCGCGUGGGUCACAUGUGCCGAAUGGUUAAGUUAUGCCGAUCGAGUCGAG